GCGCCUGCUCAGUCCGGCGCGGGAGCGGCGUGUUCUAAGGUUGCUACCGAGUUGCUCUACACCUGGCUGCCAAUGGGAAAGCUGAUUCUGUGAAGCCUGAGGUGUCGGACUCUGGAUGGAACCCGUACUCUCAGCCACAAUGCAGUGUCACUUCAGUUAGGAACAUUGUGGCCCCGGAGGUUGUUUAGCCCACAACCUGACAGAACCAUCGGCUGACUUCUCUUCUUCUUGGCCAGUCUAUCAGCAGAGGCAGUACUCAUGGCUGGUCCUCUGUGGAGGGCUGCAGCCUUUAUACAGAGACACAGAACAAGCCUAUUGGUGGGUUCCUGUGCAGGCCUGUUUGGGGUUCAAAUCUCAUUUCACCUCUUCCCAGAUCCCAUAGUCCAGUGGCUCUACCAGUACUGGCCUCAGGGCCAACCAGCUCCUCUUUCCCCUCAUCUGUGGAGCCUCUUCCAAGAGGUGCUAAAGGACAUAGGUGUCCCUUCGGGUCACUGCUACAAGCCUUUUACCGCCUUCACUUUUCAGCCUGUGAGUGCUGGAUUCCCACGGUUGCCUGCUGGGGCUGUGGUGGGAAUCCCUGCCAUCUUCCUGGGUGGCCCUGUGACCAACAUUGAACACUCUGUGAUCAUACAUGGGCAAAGAGUGGAUUGGCAAAGCCCAGCAGGCACCAGGCUGAGAGAUGCCCUGACCAUGUCUCAUAAUGCCCAGAAGUUUGCCUUGGCCAAGGAGGUGGUAUACCUGGAGAGUGGUGUGGCUGCCCUACAGACCCUGCCAGCCCCAGCUUGCCUAGCAGGAACAUGGGCAAUAAGUGUGGGUGCCAAGCAUGCCCUGGGGCUCUACGGAGGCCCCAUGAGCUUGCGAACUGCCUUUAACUUGGUGGCAAUAGUGGUAGGCUAUGUAGCCUAUACCUUUUCCAAAGACUCUCUCACUCUUGCCCUGGAAGGCUGGCUGGACCGCCGCACGGCCUCUCUGUCUGCAGCCUAUGUCCAGGGUGGAGUGGAAUUCUAUGAGAAGAUUCUGUCAGGAAACUUAGCCCUACGCAGUCUUUUGGGCAGACAAGGAGAAAAGCUGUAUACACCAAGUGGAAACAUUGUCCCCAGACACUGGUUUCGCAUCAACCAUUUGCCCUACACCACCCGCCGGGACUCUCUACAACAGAUGUGGAGGGCAACAGUCAGCCCAGGCCGCUUCUGAGAAUCCAGGCAACAGGGCAGUCCUGGCUUGCAUAGGCACUGCCUCGUGAUGAACUUGAGAUGAAUCUCUUAGUGUGGUUGCACCCACAGCCCAGGGUCAGAAGAGUGACCGUCUUUGGAGUUAAACAAUUCAACUCUGUCCUCGCCAUGAAUAGACUCUGGCUGAGCGUGAGUCCCUAUAUGAAUCUUGAGUCUUGUUUACCUCAACUAUGAAGUGGGGAGGACUGAUUGUAGGGUUGUAUGAGAUUGUGAGCCUGAGGGCCUGGUAGAACGCAGCAUAAAUAAACAGGGCUUUCUUCCCUAGUGGUCUCUGAAUUCCAGUGGACUGUGGAAGUCAAACCAUGAGUCACCACCAGACAUGUUUCUGAUAUAUCCACCCUUUCUUUCUUGCAGUGGAGAACUGCCCUAAUCUACCAGAUAGCAUAUAGCUAAUUUAUCCCUUGCCUUGAUCCUUGGACAAGAGACCCUAGCAGGACAAGGUGAGGAGACUUGUGAUCACAGAGCUAGACCUAACUUGGCCAUUCACAUCAUCUUCUCCUUGGAAAUUCUCUCUUCCCUGGGCAGUCUUGAAGGAUACCAGCCUGGGUCCAGUGUAACUCAGAGGAAAGGCCACACACCAUAGGAAGGGUACUCUGGUGGCUGUGGUAGGCUGAAGAAUGGCAGGGUGGGAUAACCAGUGGCUUCUACUCAGACUUUGUAUGUGGUUUAGAGUUGAGUGCACUGCCAGCCACGGGUCCUUUCCCCUGGUCAUGGCAGGCUGAGCUCUUGAGGACAAGGGACUCUAGAGCAGAAUACAAUAUGGGACUGAUACGUGGAUGGUGUUCUAGCUUUCUCUUCUGUAGAUGUGAUAAAAAAAUACUCUGACCAGAAGCAACUCUAGUAGGAGAGGUUUACACUUCUAGAUCAUAUCCUCCAAUCCAUCUUGGAGGGAAGUCAGAACAGGAACUCAAGUCAGCCCUGGUGUCAGGGACGAUGAAAGAAUGCUGCCUUCUGGUAACUCUUAACUCCCAGUCUCUGCUCAGCUAGCUUUUUAUACAACCCAAUACUACCUGCCUAUGGAUGCUACUAUCCAUCCAUUAAUAGUGAAGAUAAUCCCCCACAGACACACAGAGACCAGUCUUCAGUUGAGGCUUUCCCUUCUCAGGACUGUAGGCUUUGUCAAGUUGACAAAUCUAACCAGGACAGAUGGAUAAAGUAGUUACUAGAUGGAUGGCUCUCCAUCCAGGCUGACAACACUCUACAUCCCUCAGUCACUGCUGUUGCUGUAUGCUGCUAGCUAAGGGCCAAAAGUCCACAUCAACACCCACAUGGAAAAGUAUGGACACCGUGGCUCCAUCUUCUUGGCCCUUAACACUCUAACACUACACUAUCUACUCUUAAUCUUGCGAGGAACCAAGAUGGUGGCAGCAGGCCCCUCAAUUUAUUUGCUCAAGUGCUAGGGUUUAAAUAUGGAAGCUGUGUCCCCAUUGUGGCAGUGUUGAAAGUAGGGAAGCCUUUGAGAGGUGGGGCCCAGUGGGAGGUGAUGAGGCCCUUUGGGGUAUCAUCUUCAGGAAGGAUUUGUGUUGGCCUUGCACAGUGAGCUCUGGCAGGCACAAGUAACUAAAGCUUUGGUUUACUUUAGUUUUUGAGAUGAGGUCUCCCUGUGUUGCCCUUGCCAGCUCAGCCUUCUGAGUAGCUGUUGCUGCAGAUGAACCACCAUACCAAGCACAGUUGUUAGAAUAAGAGCAAGACCAGUGCAGAGUCCACACUGUGGUAUACAUCUGGAAUUGCAGCAUUUUGGGCAGGAGGAUUAUUAGUUUGAGGCCAGCCUAUGCUACACAGUGAAACCCUGUCUUAGAAUAAUAAACAUGCCAUGGUGCCUCACACAUGUGAACCCCAACACUUGGUAGGUUGAAGUGGUUAGAGGUUAACAUGGGUUACGUAGUGGUGAAUUCUAGGCAAGACUGACCUAGGCCAAAACCCUAUCCAAAGAGCAAGUCCUUCCCCCAUGGCUUCCCGAUAUUGUACCCUCUUCCAUGACACCUUCUUCAAGGUGUCACCAGAGAUGAGCAUGAAGAAGAAGGUGAUAUUUUCCUGAACCUCCAGAAUUAUGAGCUAAAUAAACCUCUUAAAAAAAAAAAAAA